UACGCAGGAAGUCUACGCCGGAGACAGGUUGAUUGAAACGGCGUCGUCUUUUGAGUUCUCCGUCGUCCUUGAUCUUGUGAAGAGGAGAAGCGAGUUGCCGGAGAUUCGCCGCCUGCCGGAAAUAGGAAAAUUCUAGAGAAAUUCGUAUCGAAACGGAGAGCUCCGAACUGGGAUCAACUUCCAUUUGAAGAACUGAUAAAAUGCAGUAUACCUGUGAUCCUGAUCAAGAAGGCGACGACCUGCCACAAUACGAACACAUCUACCAAAACGACUUCUUGUAUCGGAAGCACAAGAAACAGAAGGAAGAAGAUAUUGCUAUCUGUGAAUGCAAGUUUGAUUUCGGUGACCCCGACAGUGCAUGUGGCGAGAGAUGCUUGAAUGUGUUGACAAGCACGGAAUGCACACCUGGAUACUGCCCAUGUGGCGUUUAUUGCAAGAAUCAGAAAUUCCAAAAAUGUGAAUACGCCAAAACGAAGUUGGUCAAGACCGAAGGCCGUGGGUGGGGUCUAGUGGCAGUUGAAGAUAUAAAGGCAGGACAGUUCAUUAUAGAGUAUUCUGGUGAAGUGAUAUCUUGGAAGGAAGCAAAACGUAGGGCUCAAGCUUACGAGGGUCAAGGUCUGAAAGAUGCAUACAUAAUAUCUCUCAAUGCCUCCGAGGCUAUUGAUGCUACUAAGAAGGGGAGCCUUGCUAGGUUUAUUAAUCAUUCGUGUAGACCAAACUGUGAAACGAGGAAGUGGACUGUUCUGGGAGAGAUUAGGGUCGGGAUUUUCGCGAGGGAGAGCAUCUCCCGGGGAACAGAAUUGGCAUAUGAUUACAACUUCGAGUGGUAUGGCGGUGCAAAAGUCCGUUGUCUCUGCGGUGCAAUCAGUUGUUCUGGAUUUCUUGGAGCCAAGUCUCGUGGCUUUCAGGAGGAUACAUACGUAUGGGAAGAUGGCGAUGAUCGGUAUUCCGUAGAUAAGAUUCCGGUCUACGAUUCCGCAGAAGACGAGCCGACAUCUAAGCUUUCUAAGGUCAUUGGCCACUCGGAUUACGAAUCCUACCCGAAUGUAGAGAAGGAAACCUCUGUAGUGAAUGCUACUGUGAAACCCGAGAACCAUUUGGAGUCGUCUACAGCUGUUGCGGUGAAUCCUUCAGAUUCAACUCCUAUGGAAGACGUUGUCGUCAUGGAAACAGCGAAAGACGAACCCACUGAAGAGAUGAAACUGCUCUCGCAGAAUGCCCGGCAAGCUUUCUCGAAGAAGAACGGGAUGAUGAUAUCUCGGAUCAAGAGUAACAGUAUAUGCCGGAAUUAUCAAAUCAAAUCAAGGCCGAUUCAGAAGAAGAAAGAUAAGAAGCAGUUCACGGGAGGGAAGACGAAAACCGUCGCUCAGAAGCAGGUGGACGUGAAGCGAGUGGCUCAGCUCCUAGAAAGCGAAGAAGCUCGAGACGAAAUCCUCAAACAUGAGGCUGCGAAGGAGGAAGCAGUGGCGAGGCUUUCUGCCUUGUACGACGAAAUCAGACCCGCCAUCGAGGAGCACGAGGGAGACAGGCAGGAUUGCGUGGCGACAAGCGUGGCGGAGAAGUGGAUAGAAGCAAGCUGUCUGAAGCUGAAGGCUGAGUUCGAUCUCUACUCUUGCCUCAUCAAAACCCUCUCUUUCUCUCCCCCUUUAAAGCCACCACCUGACAACAGCAACAAGGAGGAGGAGGAGGAGGAGGGAGGAACAAAGGAUGAUCAGGAGAUGAAGCUAUUGGAAGCUUGAUUCCUGGUAAUACUAACGAUGUAAUAACAUGGAUUUUUUCAAGUGGUUGUCUCUUCAUCAAAUUGAGGUUUGACGUUAAUUUAUUACUCUAUAUUCAAUUAUUGUUUUGUUUUUGUU